GCAUUUUCGGAACCCAAUAAGUACCCCCUCCCUCCCUUCCGCUCCUCUCCUUUCUUCUUUCGUUUUCUUCGCUUUCCCCUGUGUUCUCCCACCAAAAACUCGCCGGAUUCUUCAUCGUCGUUCAUGACUGAAACGGCGGGUCGUUUAAAUGGGCGAAGCUAACGAAGGGAGGAGGCGAGCAAUGGAGAACUUGACGUUUCAGAUGGAUAAGUACCCGAGAGAUCUGCUGCAGAGAUUAAUGUGCAGAAACGACGCGUCGCAGUCGAAAUAUGAGGAGGAGGAUGAGGAGCUGGAGCUGAAUCUGGGGCUGUCUUUGGGAGGAAGAUUCGGAGUAGACAGGAGCGAGAAAAGCAAGCUAGUCCGAUCUUCCUCGAUUGCGGUGACUAUGCCGUUUUGUAGGGAAGAGAACGACGACUCGGCGGCUCCGGCGGCGGCGAAGGCGGCGUCGUACGCUGGGCUGAUGAGGGCGUCGUCGCUUCCGACGGAGACGGAGGAGGAGUGGAGGAAGAGGAAGGAGUUGCAGACGCUGCGGCGGUUGGCGGCGAAGCGGAGGAGGUCCGAGAAGCAGAGGAACAGCAGCAAGGAGGAAGAGGAAAGGCGUGAAUUUGAGGUGGGACCCACUUCAGGGGUGAGGGCGAAUAAUCCGGCGGUGGUGCAGCCGUUUUGGCCGGCUGUGACGGCGGCGAGGCAAGCGGUUGGUGGUGGCGGUGGAGGAGUGGAUCCCUUGGCGAAGGGUAAAAAUGACAUUUUGGGUGGCUUUCAGGGGUUUGGCCUGCAGCCCAGUUCUCAGGGCUCGGUGGAGUCACAAGGUGUUGGAAGCUCGUCGGGGUUGUCAGAAAUGGAGAGUAAACCUCUUCAAGGAUCCAGCAGCUGUGGUGAAGCAAAAAGCCCUAUUAGUAAUCAGGAUCCACGAAGCAAUCAGGGCACCACCCUUCGUUCUUUGGGGUCAUUGACGCCUGAGCAUGCAUCCAGAAUUUCCAGGGCUGUCGUGGAAAACAUGUGUAAGAAGCCUAAUCCUUCAGAAAAUAAAGGAAGGGAAACUAGGACGAAUGCCAUGGAGGAUAUGCCUUGUGUUUUCACAAAAGGAGACGGUCCUAAUGGGAGAAAAAUAGAAGGAAUCCUAUACCGAUAUGGGAAGGGAGAGGAAGUAAGAAUAAUGUGUGUAUGCCACGGCACCUUUCUUUCUCCGGCAGAGUUUGUGAAGCACGCAGGAGGUGGUGACGUUGCGCACCCGCUUCGGCACAUAGUUGUAAAUCCUGCUGCAACUGCCUUUUUGUGAUGGAGGUUUCCUUUAUAUAUACCCCUCAAAAUAGGGGCUGCUGAAUAGAAACAAAGAACAGGGGGAAACAUUUUAAAUUGAUAGCUUUUAUUUUUUCUUGAUGAGCUCUAGAAAUGGAAUUUAUAUUAAAUAACCGUUCUGUACAUGGUUAAUUUGGAAGAGAGUUUUAAGUCCACGCCUUUUAGGCUGUGUUUGCUAUCUGGUUUUAAUUUCUUUCCUCCUGUAGGUAAUGUAGAAUGUAUCUACAAUUUAAUAGAAGCACGAAGAUCUGUUGUCUCUCC